AGUUAUGAUACGAUAUCAAUUUAGUAAAAAAUAACCGUCAGUUCCUUAGUAGAGAGCAAACUAACGGGAAAUAAUCAAUAACCAAACAAUAUCACCAGUGGCGAAUCAGUUCUCUCAUAACCGUUGAAAUAAAUCUAUGUUUUAGUGCAGGUGUAGCUCACAAAUCAAUACGACGCUUAUCUCUACCGCAAAUAGAAUAUAUUUAUAUUUUCUGACGAAAUGAAACCUCUUGCAUCAACUUUUAAAUCCAUCGGUUCGCGAUUCAUCAAUAGACCAAUUAAAAUAUCCCAAGUAAAUUUUACUCGCGGUAUUACAUCGCAGGAAAUUUUUACUAGAGAAGACAAGUAUGGAGCACACAAUUAUCAUCCGCUACCUGUUGCACUGUGCCGUGGGGAAGGUGUUUUCAUGUGGGACGUCGAGGGAAAACGUUAUUAUGAUUUCUUGAGUGCUUACUCUGCAGUUAAUCAAGGGCAUUGCCAUCCAAGAAUUUAUAAAGCUAUGAUAGAUCAAGGAAAAAAGUUAACUUUGACUUCCCGGGCUUUUUAUUCUGACGCUCUUGGAGAGUUUGAAGAAUUUAUUACUAAAUUAUUUGGGUAUGAUAAAUGGCUACCAAUGAAUACUGGAGUAGAAGGAGGUGAAACAGCUUGUAAGUUAGCACGCAAAUGGGCUUACAAAGUCAAAAAAAUUCCUGAUAACAGUGCGAAAAUAUUAUUUGCUGAAAAUAAUUUCUGGGGACGAACAUUGAGUGCAGUUUCUUCAAGUACAGAUCCUACUUGUAGUUCUGGUUUCGGCCCAUUUAUGCCAGGUUUUGAAGUAAUACCUUACGAUGAUUUAAUUUCACUGGAAAAAAAGCUCAAGGAUCCGCAAGUUUGUGCUUUUAUGGUAGAGCCAAUUCAAGGCGAAGCAGGAGUUGUUGUUCCUAAAGAUGGUUAUCUAAAGAGUGUGAGAGAGUUAUGUACAAAGUACAAUGUACUUUGGAUUGCAGACGAAGUGCAAACAGGGCUGGGAAGAACUGGAAAACGUCUUGCGGUUGAUCAUGAAAAUGUGAAGCCGGAUAUUUUGAUCCUCGGCAAAGCAUUGAGUGGUGGUUUUUACCCCGUUUCUGGAGUUCUGGCUAACGAUCCAGUGAUGCUGUGCAUCCAACCUGGAGAACAUGGUUCCACGUAUGGUGGCAAUCCUUUAGGAUGCCGAAUUGCUAUGGAAGCAAUGAAAGUAUUGGAAGAAGAAAAAUUAGCGGACAAUGCGCAGAAACUUGGCGUGAUAUUAAGAGAAGAAUUGAAUAAAUUGCCGAAAGAUAUCGUAACUUUGGUAAGAGGCAAAGGACUUCUUAAUGCUAUUGUGAUUAAUAAAAAAUUUGACGCCAUGAAAAUUUGCAUAGAAUUUAAAGAACAUGGCUUACUUGCUAAACCUACACAUGGUCAUAUUAUUCGGCUUGCGCCGCCACUUGUUAUAAACAAGGAACAAAUUUAUGAAUGUUGUGAUAUUAUGUCUAAAGUCAUUCUUAACUUGAAAUCGUAAUUUAUUUAUACAGGAAUUCCCCUUCCGGGUAAAAAAAUUAUGUGUUUUAUAUAUAAUUAUAUGUGAAAAAUGACGCAAUAUAAUUACAUGUAAAUACAUAUGCCAAAAAAAAAAUUUCAAACUACAAUAAGACCAUGCGCAAUGCAAAACAAUAUAAAAUAAAUACAUAUAAUUAUAUAUUAUUACUUAUAUUUACAUUUUACACAGUUUUCAGGGAUUAAAAAGAAAUUAAAGGGACACUUUUCUUUUUUGAAUCGACGUAUUUUGUAGCAAAUUUUUAAAUUCAGGUUUUCAAAUUUAAUACAUUUUUUAUAAUUAAACAUAUAAUUAUUACCCAGAUAGCAAAAUGACGUCUUGAUGAGUUCUGCAUGAGUUCCUAUUUAUGAUUUAGACGUCUCAUUCAACAUCUUAAAAAAGUCGUUAAGAAGUUCUCAAGAUGUCGAAUGAGCCACCUAGUGAAUUCAGUAAGACGUCUUUAAAAAAGAGUUUUCAAAGAGUUCUUUUUUCUGACUUCGCAAAUAAGACUUCAGUAUGAAUUUACCAUGACGUCUUAAGGAGCUCCUAAUUUUGACUUCAUUAAGAAGUCAAAAAAAGAAUAGAUUUAGACGUCACAAAACUGACGUCUUAUUUAUGGAGUCUUCAAGAACUCUUAAUUAAGAGUUCUUAAAAAUGACACCUUUAAGAAAUCAUUGUAAGACUUCUUGAGGACGCUUCAAAAAGACCAAGUAAAGCAGUCAUUCCGACCUGAAUGCUGUCUGGGUAGUUAGUAACUUUGCCUUUUUUACGUAAAAAAAAUUAUAUAUUAUUAUAUACGAUUAUAUAUAAUUAUAUAUGGAAAAUCGUCCAAUGUUAUUAUAUGUAAUUAUAUACAAUUCCAUGUAAUUUAUACAUAAUUAUAUAAAAAAAACAUUGUAUAUAUUUAUAUAUAAUUUUAUAUAAUUAUAUAGGGUCAUUUUUCAUGUAUAGUUAUAUACCUACAUAUUAUUAUAUCUAAUGGUAUAUGGAUUGUAUAUGAUGAGAUAUGAAUUGAAUAUAAUUAUAUAUUCUCAUAUAUAAUUAUUUGUCAUUACAUACAAUCACAUAUAAUUACAUACGAUUAUAUAUAACAAACCAUUGUAUAUAUAAUUAUAUAUAAUUUUACCUGAGAUUCUAUAAUUUUUUUUAACCAAUUGAUAAAAUUUUGAUGCACUUGUGACAGUUGAAAAUAAUUGAAAAUUAUUAAAAAGUGGGGGUGGGGGUACUGUCUGAGAAUGACCUUAAUUCAUAUUGUAUUUUCUUUACACAGUAUUGUAUAUAUAUAUAAUUAAUAAAUUUUAAUCAAUAACAUAAUUGAAAAAUAGUAACAAAUAUAAGCAUUCAUAAAAAUAAAUAAAUAUUUAAAAAUUACAUAAUACAAAAAUAUUUUUAUUUAUCUGAAAACAUAAUUAGGAUAUAAUUAAAAAUUAAAAGUUCAUUUAAUUUAUUAAGCUUCAAAAUAAAUCAUAAGAAUUUAAUAAUUUAUCUAAAAGUAAAUGAAUAAGAAUAAGAGAUACUCCUAAGAUUUAAUCCUGAUAAGACUUAUUGAUUGGUGAUAAUUUUUUUGCUAUUGACAAUCAGGCGCCUGUUUAAU